AUGAGGUUUUCCAAGAUCAACGUGCGGGCAAGUACAGGGACCCUGCGGACGCAGCCUGAACUGAGUUCGAACGUCGACCCAAGUACCCUGCAGCUUAUUAACCAGAGACGGAUACCCGGCCAGUACAUUAGUACGCUGCAAAUUUUUAUAUUUGCAUUAUUUAAACCAUUCACAAUACCGCAGGCUAGCCCUGAGGAUCUCGAUAACAUCGUCUAUCUGCCCCAUAUUAGAGCGCUGGACAAGUUGGGUAUGCGACAUCUCUUCAGUAACAGUGCUCCCGAACCGGUGCAACCAAAUGCGGCAUUUGACAUCGCCAGUUUAGUGCUUUACGGAUGUCAAGCUUUACCAAUCCGUCUUAAAAUACUCCUGGAUCGAUUGUUUUCUGUGCUCAAAAAAGAACAAGUGCUUCAAGUGUUGCAUGGAUUUGGGUGGACAAGUGACGACUACGCUAGAGGAUAUAUACUGCAGCAGUCACACGGCAGCACUCUGGACCGAUGGAGUAUUUGCAGUCCUGAGGAGGAACCUCUGGUCCUCCAACAGUUUCUUAGGUUUGGGGAAACAAGAGCCAUAACGCAACAACUGAUUCUGGCGCAACAGGCUCUUCAGGACCCCACACUGGAGCGCCUCGAGCGUCGGCACUCACCCCAUCCACGUCGGGCGAUGUCUCCUAACCAUCGCCCGUCACCCCCAAACGUUCCAACGUCUGCGUUUCACCCAGCUCGAUUACCAACGAUGUCGCCUCAUCAAAAACACCCACUAAAUUUUCUCAAGAUGCCCACUACGAACGGACCUAUCUCCACCAAUUCUCCACCAAGAAGUAUUAACACCAGCCCACUGAACUCGUCGCCCCUUAACAGAUUGCAGAAUAUGCAACCCUUCGACUACCGGAAGCUAGGAGCUGGUCUCCACAGUUUUCCAAGUCGCGUUAGCCCUGAUCGUCGAAGGAUUUCAGAAAGUGAAUCUGUGGGAUUGAAUUUAAGCAGGACUACCUCAUUACCUUCAUGCUUGCCACCUCCCCCUCCACCCCCUGCCUCACUAAGUCAUUCAGCGGCGGCUAUGGUGGCAGCUUCAGUAAACUCUUUGGCAGCUGCAAGUUUAGUUGCUUCCUCUUUUCCUGGCCUAAUGUCGACACGAAUGUCAACCGGUAGUAAGUCGCCUUCCAGUGCAGAUAUUUUAAGUGGGAAUACUAACAGUGAAGAAGACGAUGAUGGUGAUGAGAACUCGCAUAGUGCUCUUAAUUUAAGUAGGGACAGAGAUAGUCUAAAAACGCCUAGGCAUUCGCGAAUUUUGCCGGGAAGAAAACCGUCCACUCCCACCAAAAGACAAUGGGGCUCGCCCAGUUUACCGCUUAAUUUGGGUACUCAGUUCAUUAAUCCUGCUACGGGGAAAAAGCGCGUACAAUGCAACGUAUGUUUAAAAACGUUUUGCGACAAAGGUGCUCUAAAAAUCCACUUCUCCGCCGUACAUUUGCGUGAAAUGCACAAAUGCACAGUAGAAGGAUGUAAUAUGAUGUUUAGUUCAAGAAGAUCUCGGAACCGACACAGUGCAAAUCCCAAUCCAAAGUUACACUCGCCACAUCUCCGAAGAAAAAUUUCCCCACACGACGGAAGAAGUUCUCAGUCCCAUCCAAUUCUCAUUCCUCCACAACCCGGCCUUGGCCUGCCAGCAGCAGCUGCUGCUUUAAACCCUUUAAAUCCUUUUGGGCCAUUUCCUUUACUUACGCCACCUCCAGAUAUGAAAUAUCACUCACUGGCAACAAUGGAUUUCAAACAAACAUUGGAUCUAAGUAUUCAGCGUAUGAAAGAGAACAAAAAUUCCUUCCAAGAUUACAGCGCUCUUGCGUUAACUUCAAACCAGCAACAAUCAGAAGAGGAAGAGGAUGAUGAUGAUGGUAUUGUUGUGGUAGGCGGUGAUGAAGAGGAAGAACAAACCGACAAAAAGGAAACGUCAAAUGGAAAUUUAGUAUCGGACGAACCAGAAGAUUUUAGCAUGCCGGCAAAAAAGCAGAAAAUGUCCGUUUCCGACGUUGAUGAAGAUAUGGCAAGCAAUGUAGACAGUAACGAAGAUUCUUUAAGUGUUGUAGAUACGCAUAGUUUAAAAGACGAAACAAAUGUACAAACGAGCAAAAGGAAGCGUAAGAGUCAGAAUCCGACUAGAUGUGCUGUACCUGUUAUGAUGGAGGAUAAUGUUAGCGACGGCGAUUCUUCCAAUGACGUAUUUUCCGAGAGGCUAUCCGAACACAUAAAAAUCGAACAAGAAGAAAGAGUUGACGCGAAACCAAUGGAACGAAAGCCAGAGGCGAAAGAAACAAAUAACGAAGAGAGUAUGUCUGAAACUCCAUUGGAUCUAGGUAAAAGAAGUCCCGAUGUCAAUGCGAACGAACCCGAAAAAAACGUUAGCAACGAAAUUAAGACAAGUUUGGCACCCCUAUUCUUGAUUGACAAGACGAUCAAAAAAGAAAAACCAUUUCAUGAAGUGGAAAGUCAAGAGGACCAUGAAGAAAGACCAGUGAGUUCAGUUGAAAGCAAUAAAAGCGAUGAAUCUUUCGACUCGUCUAACCCUUUACGACAACUUGAAAGUCUCUCCCAUGGACACUUCGGCGAUCUUAUGGCGAGAGGGCUACAUUUAGGCUUAAGCGGCCAUCCUCCCCAAUUUCCUUCGCUGGGAUUUAUGAUGGGAGGCGGUCCUCCAAGUCCAGCUCGUUCUCAGGCUUCCUCUGCUGGCAGCAGUAAUGGGAGGGAAUCGCCAGAUGAAAAUAGUCAGAAUCAACUAUUUGGUCAUUUUGAUAAUGGCCAGUUCAUAAGUACAAUGGACGUCCCAGUCGACAAGGAGAACCCAAGGAGGUGUACCGCUUGCGGCAAAAUCUUCCAAAACCACUUCGGCGUGAAGACGCACUACCAAAACGUACAUUUAAAACUGAUGCAUAAAUGUAACGUAGACGGGUGUAACGCAGCAUUUCCUUCAAAACGAAGUAGGGACAGGCACAGUGCAAAUUUAAAUCUACAUAGAAAGUUACUAUCCACGACUUCCGACAAAUCGGCUGCUAGCUUAUUCUUAGAAAAAUCACCAUUCGCAAGUUUAGCGAAUCCAGCUUUACACGGCGAUUUCCUUACCAGGUUAUACGCGGAAGAAGCAUUAAAAAAUCAUCACUUACCACCACCAAAUUUAGAUCAAUUAAUGCUCAACGGAGACCGAAUACCACAUCCACCACUGCUACUGCCUCCACUUGGUGGUCUCCCCUUCCCUCUAGGAAAUUUUAAUCAUUUUAGCCAAUUCAACGGUUCCUCUGCUUCCACGACGCACAAAGAACGUUCCUCCACUUCUAGUUCACCAAUUUCUGGAUCCCCUCCACCGACUAAUAUAUCCCCAGGACCCGUUAAAUAUGUACAUUGUGUAGAAGAAGAUCUUCCAACUCCUGAUAAAGACGGGAAUCUUCCUUGUAGAUUGUGCAAAACAUCAUUCAGUAUGGCAUCACAAUUAAAAGAACAUUGUGAAAAGAACCAUUUAGCCGAAAUGUUUAAGUGUACCGUAAUUGGCUGUCCAAAAGUAUUCGUAUCUAGAACCAGGAGAAAUAUACACUCAGAGAAUGAGUCCCUUCAUGUAAAUACACCAUCUAGGGACGCUGAGGUAUCGUGACCAUUAAAUAAUAUCUUAGACUUUAAUACGAUACCGUUGUGGUGGUGAUCUGAUCAAGUACUUAUGAAAUAGUUUCAUACAUGUGAUUGUAGAUUAAUUAGGUUUAUAUUUCCCUGAAAGCCAGUUUAUUUAGUUUAAUUUAUUAUCAGUUUUGCACACUUGGGUUAUAUUUUUUAAUUUUGUAUUAUAUAAAUUAGCCAGUCUUGAAAAUACUCAUUUGUACAUAUAUUCAGUAGAUUAGUGAUCUCUCUAAGUUGUGAUUCUUCUUUUGUGAAACUGCUAUAAAUGUGAAUAUUAUACAGUUGCUCAUUUUUAUAAUCCAAAAUAUCUAAAAACUUAAGUUGUUUAGAGGUUCUAAACCGUAGGAAAAUGUUUAACAAUAUUUCAUAUCUCUCUUCUGUCAAAGUACAUGUUGCUUAAACAAUAAUUGAAAUCGUUAAAAUAAUAACAAUUGUUGAUGUAAUCCAUAUAUAAUAUUCACUAUAUUGGUGAUCAAAUACAAUUUAGUAAUCAUAAAAAAUGUAUAUUUAAUGUGCAAUAACUUUGUAAAUACGCUAUAUUGCUUGUAAAUGUAUAGAUGUAUAUAUAUAAACCUACCAUACUGAAAAUUCGUGGAUAUCAACAUAUUGAUCCUGACAUUGUCCUAAAUGUAUACGAAAAAAACUUACCUACUGUCAGAAAUGUUUUAGUUAAAUUAUUUAUACUUGCUCAUUUAUUUUAAUGGAAAGAUUUUAUUGUUAUUACAAGUUUCAGUUUCCUAUUAAAAAACGAAUUACGUUCGAAACUAAUGUUCCAUUUAUAUCCGUAUCAUAAGCACUUCUGUAAAUGUCAUUUGUUAUUGCAUAUUCACC